AUGUCUGUUCAAAGCCAGCACUGUGCCAUCAUUAUGAACCCUCCUCCACCAGAGUACAUAAAUAACAAAAGUAGUGGAUGUCAAACAAACCAGCUUCAGUACUUACAGAGGGUGGUCAUGAGAGCCUUGUGGAGACACAACUUUUCCUGGCCGUUUCACCAGCCUGUCGAUGCAGCAGCACUGAAUCUGCCUGAUUAUUACACUAUCAUAAAAAAACCUAUGGAUUUAGGCACCAUAAAAAAGCGACUGGAACACAAUUACUACACAAAAGCUGCAGAAUGUAUUGAAGACUUUAAAACUAUGUUCUGGAAUUGCUACAUGUACAACAAGCCAGGUGAUGACAUUGUGUUUAUGGCUGAAGAAUUAGAAAAAGUGUUUAUGCAGAAAAUAGCCCAUAUGCCACCAGAAGAGAGACCAGUGAGUCUCAAGAAAGGAAAGAGAAAAGGAAAGAAGGCAGAAGAAACAUGGCAGCCCAAGCCUGGGAUUUCAAAUGAAGCAAGCACAACUGAGAAGCAAGCUGAAAGCGAGCAGCCUCCAGUGAUGACUCAAGAGCGACAGCAGGUUACCCUGGCUCCUUUGUCUGCAGCCCAGCUGACUGCUUUAAUGCCAGCUGCAGUCCCUAUAACAAAAGCAAAGAAAGGUGUGAAAAGGAAGGCUGACACUACAACUCCUACUACUUCAAUAGUCACAGCAAUUGGUCAAUCUUCUGCAAUGCUUAAUGAGAGAAAAGCUGUUAAAGCAUGUAGAGGUGAAAAUGAAUGUAUGGUAACAAAUAAAUUUCUGAAGAGAUCCUCAGAUUCUCAACAGCCACCUGGAAUUGUUAAAAAGAUUCACUUGUCAGGACAACUAAAAUAUUGUAAUGCAAUACUUAAAGAAAUGUUUUCAAAGAAACAUGCAGCAUAUGCAUGGCCUUUCAUAAAACCUGUAGAUGCAGCAUCUUUCUCCACAGGGGUGAACCAAGCCAUUGCCAAAUGUCCUACAGACCUGGGCACCAUUAAAAAGAAAAUGGAUAACUUUGAAUAUAAUGAUAUACAAGAAUUUGCUACAGAUGUUAGAUUAAUGUUCAUGAACUGCUACAAACGUAAUUCUUCAGACCAUGAAAUAGUUGCUAUGGCAAGAAAACUUCAGGAUGUUUUUGAAAUGCACUUUGCUAAAAUUCCUGAUGAACCUGUUGCGAGUGAUCAUCUGCCACAGCCUGUGAGAGAAAUGACAGAAGCAUAUUCCAGUGAAAGCAGUAAUAACUCUUCAGAAGAAAAAUCAUCUGAAGAUUCUGAAGAGGAGAGAAAAGUGAACCUCAAAAAGCUUCAGGAGCAACUUAAAGCUCUUCACCAGCAGUUGUGGGUUUUGACCAAAGCAUGCUUAUCUAGACCAGGAAAGAAAAAAGGGAAGGCUAAAAGUGAGAAAAGAAAGAACAAGGAAAAAGCUGAAAUAAAAAGCUUGAUUCAAAAGAAGAAAAAUCUGAAAUACAUGAAGAAAUCUAAGAGAAAGCUCUCUUUAAACAUUCAAUCAAAGAAAACCAUGCAGCAGGUCUUGUUGGCACAUAAGUCAGAAGAUGAAGAUGGUGCCAAACCUAUGAAUUAUGAUGAAAAACGACAGUUGAGUUUGGACAUAAAUAAACUCCCUGGAGAUAAGCUUGGGAAAGUAGUCCAUAUAAUACAGUCAAGAGAACCUGCACUGAGGAACUCUAACCCUGAUGAGAUAGAAAUAGACUUUGAAACUUUAAAUGCUUCAACACUCAGAGAACUAGAGAGAUAUGUAGCAACCUGUUUGAGGAAGAAACCAAGAAUGCAGGCUAAAAACCCAACAAAGUCAAAAGAAGAACUUAAUUUUGAGAGGAAACAAGAGUUAGAGAAGAGACUACUGGAUGUCAAUGGUCAACUAAACCCAAAGAGAGAGAGCUUCAAGAUUGAAAACAAUGCUGAGUCAAGUACUGGGCCAAGCAGACUGAGUGACAGCAGCAGCAGCUCCUCAGAUUCUGGCAGCAGCUCUAGCAGUGAUUCUAGCUCCUCAGAUAGCAGUGACUCUGAAUCAGUUACAGAAACCUGUUCAAAACAGACUGGAGCCAGGCAGAACUGUCCAGCUUCUAUGGGAAAAUCUAAGAGGACAUCCUGCAAUGCUGGUCUGCAAGCACAGCCCUCCUCUCUUACUAGCAGCCUGCAAAUUCAUGGAUCAUCUGAACUGCUGCAGCAACCUCCCAAUGCACUGCAAAUGCUUCAGUGUAGAUCACUUAAUCCAUCAGAACAAAACAUACAGACUCUCUCAGGUAAAAUCUCAGCUGUACCUGCUCUGUGUGAUGCUCCAGACCAGCAAACUCCUCAGAACACUCCAAAGACAAAUCAGUCUUCUGUCACCCACUCCAGAAAUGUUUUUCCAGAGGUGUCCAACACCAUUUUUCAAGUUGACAGUGCUGACUGGAGUAAACAAGCUGAGCAAACAAGACAUCUAGACAAAUCAAAUAAACUGCAAAACAAGACCAGCGUGAGAACUGCUGAUUUAAUAUCUAUAAGUCAAGAACAAAGUUAUUGUACACCCAAUGAUAAAUCUAAUGAUAAAAUCAUACCACAGCCAAUGUCUGAACUCCUUCCAAGAAAGGACACAGAACUCAAGACUGUAGAUUCCUGGGUAAGCCUGUGUAAAACGAUGAAGCUUCCAGCUCCAAUAAAAGCAUCUGCUGAGAGCUUCAAUCAGUUCAGGGACGCAGUACUAAAGAGGAGUGGGCAAGUGCAGGAGUCAAAAAGGUCUCUUGGGCAUGCUGAGAGGGAGCUGCAAAAUCUUCCACAAGAAAACAAAAGAUUUGUAACUACUUCUGUGGGCCCUGAAAGCACAGGAUUGGAUGCCAUGGCAGUGACAGACUGUGAGCUUGAAAAAGAAAUACCUAAGAGUAAACUGCCCGAAGCUCAACAACGUGUUCUUGAUCAAGACCGUAACUUGGCUAGAAAAAUGGAACAAGAACGCAGGAGGAAGGAAGCAACAGCUUGGAUAAUUGAUGUGAAUCUGCAGAGAGAUAUUAUGGCAUCUUUCGAAGAAUAUCUUGAUUGAAAGCAGUGGUUUAUAUAGAACUUCAAACUACUAAAC